AAGCAAACGAGUGCGCGCGAUGACGUCACCAUACAGCUGUUACGCGCGUGCGCCUUGGAGCAGAGAUCACAUGGGCACAGCCACCACUGAUAGUGUAGUCAACGAUCUAGAAUUGCUAGAGUAGCCAGUACCUUCACUCCGUCUGGGACGGUAUCCGAAGUACCUCACAGAUUCUGAGGUCUUUCCAAACGAAACUCUCGCUAGCCGCUGAAGUCUGAGAUAGGAGCGAAAGGGAAGGACCACGACACAAUGGCGCAGCAACUGCAGCCAGCAUGGCCUGCACAAAGACCGCAGUACCACGACACAAUCCUCACCAUCACGAGCAGCAGUUGUGCGGAUCCGUACGUACUAUGGGACAAAGGCACGUACUAUAUGACUUUCACCUGCGGCGGCCACAUCGAGAUCUGGUCCGCAGACUCACUCUUCGACUUUGAGAAGAAGUGCAAGAAGAACGUGAUCUGGCGUCCUCCACCAGACCAGCCCUACUCCGCCGAUCUGUGGGCACCUGAACUGCAUUCCAUCCACGGUCGCUGGUAUGUGUACUUUGCGGCUGACGACCCCAAGCAUGGCAACAAGUCGCAUCGCAUGUUCGUCCUCGCAGGACCACCCUCAGAAGAAGACCCUCUGGAGCCGAGUAAAUGGAAUUUCUUUGGUCGACUAGGCGGUCUUCCCGAAGAGCAAUGGGCAAUCGACGGUACAGUCGUCACACUGGGCGGCUCCAUGCUCUUCGUCUACUCGGGCUGGCCCCUCGGUACCCACGCCGACGAGUCGCGUCAAGAAAUCUUCAUCAUCGAAAUGGUCUCACCGACAGAAUGUACAGGCCGCCCGAUCCGCAUCAGCACCCCAGACCUGCAAUUCGAGUUCUCCGGUACCAGCGGCAUAAACGAGGGUCCACAGUUCCUCUGCUCACCAGACGGCCGCUGGAUGGGUCUUGUGUACAGUUGCGCGGGAAGCUGGACACACGAGUACAAAAUGAACAUCCUGUACUACACCGGUGGUCACCCGCUCGACCCCCACUCGUGGGCCAAAUCUAACAAGCCCCUUCUCAAAGCCGCUCGCGACGACUCUCCACCCUAUGGCCCAGGCCACGGCAACUUUGUCCUGGUCAACGGACCCGGCGGCCCAGAAGUCUGGGGCUGCUUCCAUGCCACCGAUGCCAAGACUGGAUGGGAGGGUCGUAAAGCCCGCAUCAUGCGCGUGGGAUGGGGUCAAGGAGGUCCGUUUAUGGGCUCGGGCGAGUGUGGAAGAUGUUGCGGCGAAGUCGAGCAUUUCAUCCAAGGUUGUCCUGGUGGCACUUGUGGUGGUCAGGGCCAUUGUGGUGGGGAGGGGGGUGCGGGUGGAGGAUUCAUGCAGCCGGGACACCAGGGCGGGAACUCGACGGAUGAUAUCAAGAGGGAGGUCAAAAAUUUGAUCAAGGGUGGAAAGGGGCUUGUUAGUAAGUUCCUCAAGUAAAAUUGAGAGAUGGAAAUGAGUGGAGACGGCAUGGCGUGAUGGUGUUGAGGCGUAUGGGGAUCCCACGACCCGGGGACGCACUCAUAGCAUCUGGACUGGAAAGUAACAUGUGGUAUCUAGUGUAAGAGAACAGUCGUUGUGUGUGACGUAGAAACAACCGGGUGUUCUCGUAUCAGAAGAUGAAGUGCAUGCCAUGAGUAAUCAGUUUUUUUUUGCGCUCAAUCAAAGUUCGACUCUCGACAUG